CAGCUCCCAAACUCCACUUCAUCUCUUGCUCAGUCAGCCACUCGAGGAGAGAUACACCACCAGCCCUUGUCUGCGCUCAUUCCCAACGUGGAAAGGGGACAGGAAAGACACCAUAUCAAUCCGACAGAUUCCAGCAAAUCGCCCACGGAUCAUUAUUUCUCCAUGCCGACUGCGUGUUAAAGAGCGCGCUCAGUGCGGCACACAUCAGGCUGCUUUAUUACAUAGCAGCGGCGCGAGCUGCCUGUAGCUGUCCAGGAGCCUCAGCUAGCGACGGAACAAAGAAAACACACACCAAUAUAACCGUCUGCUGAGCAAACUGCUUCCCUGUUCUUCGAAGAGGAGAAGGCAAGACCCCGAAGACCAAAACUGACAUGAUGUUUCCACAAUCCAGGCACUCGGCUUCAUCGCAGCAGCUGAAGUUCACGACGUCAGACUCGUGCGACCGCAUCAAGGACGAGUUCCAGUUCCUUCAAGCACAAUACCACAGUCUGAAGCUCGAAUGUGACAAGCUGGCCAGUGAGAAGUCAGAAAUGCAACGUCAUUAUAUCAUGUACUAUGAGAUGUCCUAUGGGCUGAACAUUGAAAUGCACAAGCAGGCAGAGAUUGUGAAGAGAUUAAAUGGGAUCUGUGCUCAAGUCUUGCCUUACCUGUCUCAAGAGCACCAGCAGCAAGUUCUGGGGGCGAUAGAGAGAGCCAAACAGGUCACCCCACCAGAGAUGAACUCCAUCAUACGGCAGCUCCAGGCUCACCAGCUCUCUCAGCUGCAGGGGCUGGCGUUGCCCAUGACCCCUCUGCCUCUCGGCCUCAGCCAACCGGCUGGCCUCCCCGCCGUCACCUCCAGCUCCGGCCUCUUCUCCCUCUCCAGCAUCCUGGCCUCUCAAGCCCAGCUGGCUAAGGAGGAUAAGAGCACACGCGAGACCUCGGACAGCCAUCGCGAGGAAGACGGAGACAAGUCCGACUAGUCGCCCGGCAAACUGGUUCCUUCAUCCGAUUAUCCUCCAGAGCUCCACAUAGAGCAGAGGCACUUGUUCCCGUUUUUUCCCCUUUUUAUUUUCCUUCAUUUUCUAGUCUACUUGCAUCUUUCUAUCUACCCUCUAAAUUGCUACUGUGUUCACAUGCCUAAUGUCAUUCCUUUUGGUUCAUUCCACCAGCUCUCUAUAUGUAUUUAUACCAAUCCACCUUUUUAUUGUGUUACAGAUGUUUGAUUUUAUUUUAUUUACACUAUUUCUUGCCUGCUUGUAUGUAAUAUAUAUAUAUAUAUAUAUAUAUAUAUAUAUAUAUAGUAUAUUUCUUAUGCUCGUUGUGGAAAUGGUCUACAAAUGGUGCGACCGUUAAUGGACCAUCGACCCUUCAGUAAUAAUUCCUCUUUGUUUUGUUUUUUUCCUCCGCUUUCUCUCUUCCUCUUAAAAUCUUUCACCUUUUAAAGCUACAAUCUACAAUAACUGAGUCAAAAGCACUUUGGCCUCAGGCAGUAACUCUGAGACUAAAAGCAACUUUGAAUCUAAAAACAUAGCCGCGGCAUAAUCCAUUUAGAGUUUAAAGGAUUGAUGUUAUUGUUCGAAGGCACGGCUGUUGCAUCUAUCCUACCUUACAGGGACGGUUCAAGUUAAAAUGAGGAUUUGUUUCAUUUUUAUGUCAUCCCAAAGAUGAAGAUAAAGACAUCCCAGAGAUAUUUUGAAGAGUGUUCAUGCUGCUCCUUUCCAUACUAUAAAAGCAAAUGGUCACCACAGCCAUCAAGCUUAAAUUUCUUACAUUUAUCCUUCAACGGCUUCACAACACUUAAAAUACUACAUUUAUAAACAUUUAGUUUAACUCAGUCAGAAAGGACAAAACAACAACAACAAAUAAUCAGAAGCUAGUCCAUAUGAUUCAUGUAUUAUAUUCCAAAUGUUCUGAAGCUGUUUGUGUGAGAAACUGACAUUAAAAGAGAAAUUUAAGUCAUUAAUCAUUGCAAACUUUGCUUCAUAGUUGUGAUUGGAUGGAGUCCAAUGCAGUCAAGAACAAAAAUCACCAUAAAAGCCUCAAAAAACUAAUCCAUAUGCCCUCAUGUACUAUAUUUCAAGUGCUCUGAAGCUGUUUGUGUGCAAAACGUUAGAGAUUUCAAUUAUUAUUUACUGGAGAUUUUGCUUGAUAGCUGUGGUCACCAUUCAUUGUAUAGAAAAGAGCGACUUGGAUAUUCAUUUUUUGUUUCACGUAAGAAAGUAAGUCAUACAGGUUUGGAAGGACACAAGGGUGAGUAAAUGGUGACAGAACUUACAUUUUAGAGUGAACUAUCCCUUUAAAUGCUUAAUAAGCGGUAUUGAAAGAAGAAAGAACAUUUGUACUAGGCCCUUCAAUGUACUGUAUAUCUAUAUUUCUAAUGUGUUUGGAAGCUGUUGUGCUGUCUUAGAGAAUAUUAGAUGAAUCCUCUGAGAUGCUAGCUAACCUGCUCACCAAGUGAAAAGGAAUGAUGUUUAAAAGAUUUUUCAUAGUAAUGUUGAUUGUCUGCAUGGUAAGAGUCAUAUUGUUUUCUUUAGUAAGUUGUGAGAAUAAGGUAUUUGAGAAAUGAGAAGCACCUUCUUACACCUCCUUUUUUUUUUGAUAGCACUACAGAAACAGGAAGUAUGUGAAGUCAUAAAUCUGAUUUAUAGUAAGCCCUCCCAACACAGACAAAAUACAUUUUUAGCACAAUACGUUACCUUAAGUGGACUUAAGGUUGAAGCUAAGAUUUGCAGUUUUGAAUAUUCAGUCUCCCAGUGUCAUGUUGUAUUAUGUAGUAUGUGAUUCUACCAAGAGGGGGCAGUAAGUCCAUAGCAAGUCCACACUAACCCCCUCAGGGUCACUUUAGUGUCCAUAUAUAAAAUGCUUCUUUUGACCUGCCCAAAAAUAAAUAAUCCGUCUAUCAUUUGUUCAGUCUGGAGUAAGCAUCAAGAAAAAGCUUGAAGAUGAAUUUUUUUCUUCUCGUAUUUAAAAAGUUACUUGCAGCUAUAGGAGUAUUCUAGUUAUAGAUUGUGCGCAUUUUCAUGCCAAAGUACACAUCACACUCUAUCCUCGCGAUUUUCUCAGUCUGAAAAUACAAACCAGACUUUUCACACCUUUUUUUCUGUGCUUGUGAUUUUGUGUAUUCUUUAGAUUUGUAUGGACCAAAUGUUGCUGUAAUGGGCACCUAUAACGUAGACACAGCUAAACCAUAUCGGAUUCAGGAGUGAAGCUGCUUCCUAAUGCGUCUUAAUGGGACAGUGCACAGUUUUUCAAUUGAAACCGUGCCAACAUAAGAAAUGUCAACGAAAUGCCACCAGACGAUAUCGUAGUGCUUUCAAAACAAAUCUACUCAAGUUUUAGAUUUUUUUCAAGUUUUUUUUUUAUGAAAGAAGUGCCAGGAUUUAUCCUCGUGGCUUGCUAAAUAUGCUCAAAUAUAUUCGGUUGACAUCUUUCUUUUUAAAGUAAGGAUGAAAAUGUAGUGGUCACUGCAUAAGCAUUAAGAGUACAGAAUCAGAUCUAGCCUAAUGCCAACUGUUUUGCUAUAAAGAUGGGCCGCAGGUGUACUGUACGUGUACGUUAUACAUAGACCUAAAGCUUUAUGUGCAAAUGGAUGCUUUUGUGUCAGUCUUGAAUGAUGCAUCUGUGUUUUAGAGGACUCUUAACUCAUGAGGCACUUGAGAACAGGUUGUCGCCCCUUCCUUUCUUUCUUAAACCCCUGACGGCCGUCUACUCCCAGAAUUCAUUGCUUGCCUUUUACCAUUUGUUAAAAGCAUUGUAAGCAUUCUGUGCUAUAGAAGUCUUAUUGUUUGUUUUUCAACUCCUCAUUUUAUAUAUAUUGUACCACCAACAGUGCAAAAAUAAUUGUGUUAUAAAAUAGCUUCAUUCCAUAUUAAAACAGGCAAAGUACAUAAUCAUUUGCUAUACAUAAAUGGAAAUUUCUGCAGUAAGGAAAUGCUUCUGGUGCCUUACAAAUAAAAUCAAUCAAAUCCA